AUGGUCUCAAUUUCGCAUUUAAUUAAUUCUGGUUUAUUAUUAGUUGGCCAAAAUCAAUAUCAAGAUGUAGCCUCACCACAACAAGCUGCUGUUGAUAACUACAAUAUAGCUAGAUUCUUAGGGGGUCUGGGUCCAUAUGUACGUAUGUAAUUCAAUGCCAUGGAUGCUAUUUCGAAAAGAUAUGCUAACUUCGAUUUUAAGAAAAUCCCGGUUAUGGCAUUAGCACAGAAUUCCCAGAAGGAUGUAAAAUUCAACAAGUUCAAUUAGUAUCAAGACACGGAGAAAGAUUCCCCACCGCAAAUUCAGCUCGAAAUCAGAUUAAAAUUUGGAAUAAAUUCAAACAACACAAUGGUACAUUCAAUGGAGCUUUAAAUUUCUUAAAUGACUAUGAAUUUUAUGCUCCUGAUGAAAAUUAUUAUGGUUUAGAAACAACUCCUGAAAAUUCACAAGGUUUAUUCAGUGGUACUACAGACGCGUUAAGACGUGGAGCCCAAUUUAGAGCAAAGUAUAAAGAUUUAUACAAUGCUAACCAAACAUUACCUGUUUUUACUUCAAAUUCAAAUAGAGUUCAUCAAACUGCUCAAUAUUUUGCUCAAGGAUUUUUAGGUCAAGGUUAUUCAAAUCCAAAUGCAGUCAAGAUUAAUAUAUUAGCUGAGGGUGAAAACACUGGAGCAAAUUCAAUGACUCCUUUAGAUUCUUGCGUUGCGUACGACUCAGACGAAAAUAAGAACGCAUCUAGUGCUUAUAAUGAUGAUUGGUUGAAAAACUUGGGUGAUAGAUUAACUAAAGAAAAUCCAGACAUUAAAUUGGAAAAAUCAGAAGUAGCUACCUUAUUUGAUUGGUGUGCUUAUGAAUUAAAUGUUAAAGGUCAAUCACCAGUUUGUGAUUUAUUCACAAAUGAAGAUUUAGUUAAUUAUGCUUAUUAUGAUGAUUUAGAUAAAUAUUAUUCACAUUCCUUCGGUAAUUCAUUAGCUCAAACAGUUGGAUCAGUUCCAGUUAAUGCAUCAUUAACAUUAUUAAAAGAUGAUUCAGCUGAUAAUAAAAUUUGGUUAUCAUUUACUCAUGAUACUGAUAUUGAUUUAUAUGGAAGCGCUUUAGGAUUAUUUGAACCAAAAGAUCCAUUACCAUAUAAUAGAAUUGUAUUUGAUAGAACAUAUCAACAUGCAAAUUUAGUACCUCAAAUGAGUCAAUGGGUUUUGGAAAAACUUCAAUGUUCAAAUGAAACUUUUGUUAGAUAUAUAGUCAAUGAUGCAGUUAUUCCAAUUGAAGGUAUUGCUACAGGACCAGGAUUUUCAUCUCCAUUAAAAGAUUAUGAAGAUUAUAUUAAUAAAAGAUUACAAGGUAAAAAUUAUAUCGAACAAUGUAAUGUUCCAAGUAAUGUUAGUCAAAGUUUAACAUUUUAUUGGGAUUGGAAAACUAAAAAUUAUACAGCUCCAUUAGAAGUUUAA